AGAUGAAUCCUUCUCCUAUGUCAUGACAUCCCAUUGUUUGUGUGUCAUGACAUCCCAUUGUUUGUGUGUCAUCACAUCUCAUUGUUAACAAGGGCUCCAAGCUCGGUUGAGAUGAGCGGCACCUGCCUACAGGUGCUGGGCACGAUCAUCGCGUGCCUGGGUUGGGUCGGUGCCACGGUGGCGACAACCAUGAACGAGUGGCGCGUGACGAGCCGAGCCUCCUCUGUCAUCACCGCCACCUGGGUCUUCCAGGGCCUGUGGAUGAACUGUGCCGGCAAUGCCCUGGGCGCUGUGCACUGCCGUCCCCACCUCACCGUCUUCAAGCUGGAGAACUAUGUGCAGGCUUGCAGGGCAUUCAUGAUAACCUCCGUAUUCUUGGGGUGUUUGGCCAUGAUCUGCUCUCCGUUCGGCAUGGCGUGCAUAAGGAUCAGCUUCGUGAGUGACAAAGCAAAGAGAAACAUCACAUUCAUCACCGGCUUCAUCUGCAUUCUACAAGGCCUGCUGAUUGUGAGCGCUGUGUCGUGGUAUGCGUACCGCGUUACUGUCGAGUACUACGAUCCCACCAUCAUCGGGGCAAAGUACGAACUUGGCACUGCCUUAUUUAUUGGAUGGGCGAGUGCCUUGCUCACACUGACUGGAGGGACCAUCAUUGUCUGUUCAGGUGUUGGACGAUCAUACAAGCAGCCCAGGAUUGCUCUGUCAAAUCCACACACAUCUCCGAUGCUGCCAAGGACGUUCAAGAGGCAGCCUUCAGAGCUAAGUGCCAAGAAUUACAAGGCCAACAUGUACGUCUGAAACAUGUUGGACUCAAGUCAAGGGGCCUCUCAUUCUCUGUUCAACGUUUUAUCAAACUUGGCAGAAGUCCACAUUGUGAGUCCAGUUAGCCCUCCGGUGUGUUUUCAGAUAGGCGCCACGUGUUUGUAUGGAAUGAUAUCCGAUGAAAAGUGUCCACGUGCUGAGAGCAUCUUCAACGCGUGUUGGUAUCUUGUUCAGCACAUUGAGCGAAACGUCGGACACCAUGCUAAUCGGCAUGUGUUACAACCCGAACACAGCAUCGGAGUGCUAUGAAACACGAGUGUGUAUUAAAGCGUAAAUGGUAAGCAUUUCUAGAUUGGUGUGUGUGGUAUUAAAAUGUAUAACGGGUCUGCUUAUGAAAGGAAACGUGUGCACAGCGGACUUUGCUUACGUGACCGUUCUCCGCAUUCUAGCGAGAUAAAGUGUAUAUCUUCAGAAG